UGCGAAGACGCCAAAUAUGGCGUCCUUGGCGUCCGCAAGGUGGCUGAGGGUCAGCCGUGGGCUUUGCGUACCGCUGACGGCUCGGUGGACAGGGCCCUGUGGACGGAGCCCUAGUAGCAGAUUUUAUUCUGGAAGUGCAGCUGUCCCAAAGGUUGAAGGAGCUGAUAUAGCAGGGACUGAAGAAGUAGUCAUUCCAAAAAAGAAAACUUGGGAUAAAGUGGCUGUUCUUCAAGCACUUGCAUCCACGGUGCACAGGGAUACCACAGCUGCACCUUAUGCAUUUCAGGAUGAUCCUUACCUCAUACCGACAUCCUCUGUGGAAUCUCAUUCAUUUUUGUUGGCAAAGAAGUCUGGAGAGAAUGCAGCAAAAUUUAUUAUUAAUUCAUAUCCCAAAUAUUUUCAGAAAGACAUAGCUGAGCCUCAUAUACCGUGUUUAAUGCCUGAGUACUUUGAACCUCAGAUUGAAGAAAUAAGUGAGGCUGCUCUGCAAGAACGAAUCAAGCUCAAAAAAGUCAAAGCUUCUGUGGACAUAUUUGAUCAGCUUUUGCAAGCAGGAACCACUGUAUCUCUGGAAACAACUAACAGUCUCUUGGAUUUGUUGUGUUACUAUGGUAAUCAAGAACCCUCCACUAAUUAUAAUUUCCAGCAACAGGAACAAUCAGAAGAGUUGGAAGAGGCCGCCGAAGAGGGAGAUCACGUGAAGUCUAAGAAGGCAGCUGGCCAUCAGCUUAGAGUUAUUUGGAGAGCCAAAAACCAUGCUGAGAGAAUCUUUGCUCUGAUGCCUGAGAAAAAUGCACAUUCUUACUGCACAAUGAUUCGAGGAAUGGUGAAGCACCGAGCUCAUACACAGGCAUUAAGCUUGUACACUGAACUAUUAAACAACAGACUCCGUGCUGAUGUGCACACUUUCAAUUCAUUGAUUGAAGCAACAGCAUUGGUGGUGAAUGAGAAAUUUGAAGAAAAGUGGAAUAAUAUAUUGGACCUACUGAAACAAAUGGUUGCACAGAACGUGAAGCCCAAUCUACAGACUUUUAACACUAUUCUCAAAUGCCUCCGAAGAUUUUAUGCAUUUGGAAAAUUGCCAGCCUUACAGACCUUCCGGGAAAUGAAAGCCGUCGGGAUAGAACCCUCGCUUGCAACAUACCAUUAUAUUAUUCAGCUGUUUUAUCAACAUGAAAGCCCUUCAAAAGGAUCAUCCCUCAUCAUCUAUGAUAUCAUGGAUGAAAUAAUGGGAAAGAAGUUUUCUCCACAGGACCCCGAUGACGAUAUGUUUUUUCAGUCAGCCAUGAGGGUUUGCUCUUCUCUCAGAGAUCUAGAGCUUGCUUACCAGGUCCAUGGCCUUUUAAACACUGGAGACAACCGGAAAUUCAUUGGUCCUGAUCCUCGGCGUAAUUUUUAUUAUUCCAAGUUCUUUAGUUUGCUUUGUCUAAUGGAACAAAUUGAUGUCACCUUGAAAUGGUAUAAGGACCUGAUACCUUCGGUCUUCUUUCCCCAUUCCCAAACGUUAAUAGAUCUUCUCCAAGCAUUAGAUGUAGCCAAUCGGCUAGAAAUGAUUCCUCAGAUCUGGAAAGAUAGUAAAGAAUAUGGGCAUACUUAUCGCAGUGACCUAAAAGAAGAGAUUCUGAUGCUCAUGGCAAGGGAUCAGCACCCACCAGAGCUGCAGGCGGCAUUUGCUGACUGUGCUGCAGACAUCAAAUCGACUUACGAAAGCCAGGAUGCCAGACAGACUGCUCCAGAGUGGCCGGCCAGUUCUCUGAACUACAUAGCCAUCCUCUUCUUAAGGGCUGGGAGAACCCAGGAAGCCUGGAAAAUGCUGGGGCUUUUCAGGAAACAUAAUAAGAUCCCCAGGAAUGAGUUGCUGAAUGAGUUUAUGGAUAGUGCCAAAGCAUCCAGCAGCCCUGCCCAGGCCAUUGAGGUCGUUAACCUGGCAAAUUCCUUCAGCUUGCCUAUUUGUGAGGGUCUCACCCAGAGGUUAAUUGCUGACUUCAGCCUCAGCCAAGAACAGAAGGAAGCCCUGGGAGACCUAACCACAAUGACCAGUGACAGCGACAGUGACAGUGAUAACGAUAUCAGCGAAGGCAAAUAAGAAGUGGGUGAAUCAGGAGCAGCUGUGACCAAGCACAGCUGUGAUUACACCGGAUACCUGAGAUGUUGGUAUCUGAAGAAAACAGGGUACAGAUUUGGUGAACCUUGAAAUACAGUUGAUACAUACUGGCUUAUUUAGGUUAGAUUCCUAGGCUAAGCCUCCGUGUGAGGGUUACCACGUGAACAGAAGCACCCCUGUCCUCAUUUCUUUGGACACAUGGUGAGGGAUGCGGCUCAUCUGAGCUCCGCACACCUGCAGCCCAUUUGCCCUGCCUUGUGGACUGUACCCUUUGUUGGCUGAUGCUGUGGCAGUGGCACUUCCUCCAAUUCAGAGAAAGGGUCUAAAGGAAGUGUUUGUGCAGUUUCAUCACAUUGAUACUGGGUCAGUAGUAUCCCAAGUUCAGGGAUGUUUGUAUGUGGAACAUGGUGCAUCUGAGAACUGAACAAUUACAGGACUUUAGGCUGCACAGCUGGGAAAAUGAAGGCUGUAAAUAAAUAUUGUAACUAAGGUA